AUUCGGCAGUUUCUUUUGACAUUGCAGUUUAAAUUUUACAUUAAUCAAGCGUAAGACAAACGUGUUGGGUGAAUUGUUGUAUGUUUCCUGUGUUUUAUUUUGUUGCCUAAAUUAUUUAUUUGAGAAGAAUGUUAUAAAUAAAAUAAUCCAAAAUGGUUUCGAAUUCACUCAUGAAAUUAUUUUCGUCGACGCGUAUUAUCCUGUCAUACGCACCAGGAUUAGGUUUCAUCAUGAUGUUACACACAGCCAUACUAACCCUGCGUCCAGACAUCACAGAUAUUGAGAAUCGUGUCGAAGAUAUCAAACUCAAUGAAAUUUAUACAAGUUACGAUUUCAUAAUAGUCGGUGGCGGAUCUGCCGGAGCAGUUUUAGCAAACCGACUAACAGAGAUACCUGAAUGGCGAGUAUUACUCCUAGAAGCCGGUGGAGAUGAAACUUUAUUAACAGAUAUUCCGAUUUUGUUUCCAUUUAUACAAUUAACACCAGUCGAUUGGCAAUUUAAAACACAGCCCACGGAUACAUCUUGUCAGGCAAUGGACGAAUAUCGUUGUAACUGGCCUCGCGGUAAAGUUCUUGGUGGAUCAAGUGUACUAAAUGCAAUGUUAUAUAUUCGAGGUAAUCGUCGCGAUUAUGAUCGAUGGGCUCGGGCAGGUAAUCCUGGUUGGUCAUAUGAAGAAGUUUUACCAUAUUUUAAAAAAUCCGAGGAUAUGAAAAUUGACGAAGUUGAAAAAGAAUACCAUGGUUUUGGGGGUUAUUUAAGUGUGGAAUACUUCCGAUUUUAUUCGCGAGUUUCGGAAUUUUUCCUAAAUGCUGGAAAAGAAAUGGGAUAUGAUGUGCGAGAUGUUAAUGGAUACAAACAAACUGGAUUUAUUUUAUCCCAUGCUACGUUAAAAGACGGAUUGCGCUGUAGUACGGCGAAAGCGUUUCUUCGCCCAAUACGUGAACGCCCAAAUUUACAUAUAAGUAUGCAUUCCCUAGUUGAGAAAGUUAUCAUCGAUGAAAAUACAAAACAAGCGAAAGGUGUUAUUUUUACUAAAAAUGGUAUUACAAGACAAGUUUUUGCCGAACGGGAAGUCAUCUUAAGUGCGGGUGCACUUCAAAGUCCACAAGUUUUAAUGCUAUCCGGUGUAGGACCAGCCGAACAUUUAAUUAAUCAUGGUAUUAAUCCAAUUUGGGAUGCUCCUGGAGUUGGAGAAAAUCUUCAAGAUCAUGUGGCAAUGGGUGGAAUAACAUUUUUAAUUGAUCCACCAGAAUUGGAUGAAUUUGAUCGUCCGUAUUCAUUUGUUUUGCCAAAAUCAUUUACAAUGAAGACAAUUAAAGAAUUUUUAUUGGAGAAGAAAGGGAUAAUGUAUGGUUUACCAGCGUGUGAAGUUAUGGCAUUUAUAAAAACAAAAUAUGCAAAUCAAAGUGAUGAUUGGCCCGAUAUUCAGAUGUUUUUACAAGCAUAUGGAGAUAAUACCGAUGGGGGUUUAUUUUCUAAGCGAGCUGCCUCUUUAACAGAUGAGUUUUACGCGUCUGUGUAUGAACCAAUUUUAUAUAAGGACGCAUACCAAAUUAUGCCCUUGUUGUUACGUCCAAAAAGUCGAGGAUUUUUAAAAUUAGCAAGUAGCGAUCCAAAAGAUGCUAUUUUAGUUUAUCCCAAUUAUUUUUCACACCCGCAGGAUAUACAAAUUUUGAUUGAAGGUGCAAAAUUCGCCUACGAACUUUCCAAAACACAAAUAAUGCAACAAUUAAACGCACGUAUUAACGAAUUAAAAAUCCCUGGAUGUAAAGAAUUUGAACUACUCUCAGACGAAUAUUGGCGUUGUCAUGCUAGACAUUACACACAAACAAUUUAUCAUCCCUCGGGAACAUGUAAAAUGGGACAUUCCAAUGAUCCAACAGCCGUGGUCGAUAAUCGUUUAAAUGUUCAUGGAAUACAUAAUUUACGAGUUGUGGAUGCGAGUAUUAUGCCUUACAUUCCGAGUGGAAAUACAAAUGCUCCAACCAUAAUGAUUGCAGAAAAAGCUGCGGAUAUGAUUAAAGAAGAUUGGUUAGCACCUGGAGAUAUUGUUUAUGAUAAUAAUUAUUUAAAUAAAUGAAUUUGUUGUUA